UUGGCAACCGAGUAAUCAAAGUGAAUGGAUUUACUAGACCAGAUUGAGCAAAAGUUAGUGUUAGAAUAACAGCGCGUUGGCUAUCGUCUGCUUCGUUUUCAAAAAUGAUUUUCCUGUAAAGUGGAUAUAACAUAAAUAUCGGAGGCAGACACCUAUAUUUCUGAUUUCAAACGUACCAAACAUUAAUUGUUUUAGCAAAGAUAUUUUUUUCAGCGUCAGCAAAAAGAAGAAAAACAUGUUAGCAUUAAGCUAGCUGCUGCUAAACUCAAGCUAGCAUGUGUGGGUUGAAAUACACUGGGACAGUGAUGGCAAAACUAAUACAAACCGACGGACUAUGAGCUCUUCUGAGUCUGAAAUCAACUUAUCGCCACAUACGAAGACUAUAUUUAUAUUUCAUCUACCGUUUGGAAACUUCGACACUAGCACGUAAAACCAAGUGACAAUGUCACGUGAUGGAUGGUUAUGAGUUUUAGUGGCCAGACAGGAGAACCAUGGAACAGAUUGAGCAACCUACCUCAGAAAUGAAAUGUGACGGCCCUGUGGCCCAAGGCCAUGUGACAUUGACAGGAAUCAAGGAGGGCCAGCCCUCUCCACGGCCAGACUUAAACUCUGCACAGAUUCCUGAAGACACAACAUGGAUAGCUGCUCAGGAGGGUGAGUCUGUAUCCUCGGAUUGUGGAGGUAUGUCGGACCUUCAGGAGCCGGGCUCAGCGUCGGGUGAGGAAGGCAGUGAGGCGUCUGAUGCUACAGGAAUAGAGGUCUCAUCUGGCAGCAAGGGAUCAUGGGGGGUGAAUCUUCAGAAUGGAGAUGGAGCAGAGCAGGAGAGCCCUCAAAAAAACAGCACUGCUCCCAUAACAGCUCAAACUUUUCCAGAUCCAUUACAGGCCCCUUCUCUAUCAUUGUCUGAUCAGUUACGGCUGGGUCGGGACAACCCCAACAAUUUAGGCGUGAAUGUUGAAUGCCGCAUAUGUGGAGAUAAAGCUUCGGGAUUUCAUUAUGGAGUACAUGCUUGUGAAGGCUGCAAGGGAUUUUUCAGACGCACCAUUCGUAUGAAGCUGGAGUACGAGCGGUGUGAGCGUGCUUGCAAAGUCCAGAAAAAGAGCCGGAACAAAUGCCAGUACUGUCGUUUCCAGAAGUGCCUGGCACUGGGCAUGUCCCACGAUGCGAUCAGGUAUGGACGUAUGCCAGAGGCAGAGAAGAAGAAGUUAGUGGCAGGGCUUCUCACUGGGGAGAACCUGCAAAGCUCUGUGGGGGCUGACCUCAAAACCAUGGCCAAGCACGUCAACACCGCCUACCUGAGGAACCUCAACAUGACCAAGAAGAAAGCACGGAGCAUUUUGACGGGCAAGACUAGCUGCACAGCGCCAUUUGUGAUCCAUGAUAUGGACUCACUAUGGCAGGCAGAAAACGGGCUGGUCUGGAACCAGCUUAAUGGAGCGCCACCAAACAAGGAGAUUGGGGUUCAUGUCUUCUACCGCUGCCAGUGCACAACAGUGGAAACUGUACGAGAACUCACAGAGUUUGCCAAAAACAUCCCUGGAUUUGUGGAUCUCUUUCUUAACGAUCAGGUAACGUUGUUAAAAUACGGUGUCCAUGAGGCCAUAUUUGCAAUGCUCCCAUCUCUCAUGAAUAAAGACGGGUUGCUGGUGGCCAAUGGGAAGGGCUUUGUGACGAGAGAGUUCCUGCGUAGUCUGCGCAAACCUUUCAGUGAGAUCAUGGAGCCCAAGUUUGAGUUUGCGGUCAAAUUCAAUGCACUGGAGCUUGAUGACAGCGACCUUGCUCUGUUUGUGGCAGCCAUCAUACUGUGUGGAGAUCGUCCUGGACUGAUGAACGUGAAGCAGGUAGAGCAGAUCCAGGAUGGCAUCUUGCAAGCUCUGGACCAGCAUCUUCAGGUGCACCACCCCGACUCUCCUCAUCUCUUUCCCAAACUGCUUCAGAAGAUGGCCGACCUCAGACAGCUGGUCACAGAGAAUGCCCAGCUGGUUCAAAUGAUCAAAAAGACUGAAUCCGAGACCUCCCUCCACCCGCUUUUACAAGAGAUCUAUAAAGACAUGUACUGAACUCAAGACUUAAGUUACACACUCAUGGACCUGACUGGAGUGUAAAUUCCAGAAUUCCCUCCUGAGUGGAGAGAAUGCACAUAUCUAAGUGGUGCUGGUGGUGCCAUGGGAUUUUUUUAUUAUUAUUAAUUUUGUAAAGGACCUUUACAAAUAUUGACUUUGAAUACUGACUUUUUCUCACAUUGUGAGGAGCCUUUUUAUUUAACUCAAAUCUGUUCUUAAAUAUAGGACAUUACACCAUUAUCAUCUAGUUAUCAUUUACUACUACUACUACUGCCAUCAUGUUGUUCUUCAUAUGCUUGAUGAGGGCUAACACCUUUUAGAUGUUGUCUUUUCCAUAAUUAAUUUUGAUUUGAAAGUACUUUUAAAUGAUGCAUAGUAUGUUUGUUUCAGGACAGAGCAGAAAUCUGUUCAGAUCAAGCUCUUGAAAUGCCACUCACUGAAGUGUUUUGUGUUUGUAGGGCUUUUAUCUUUGUGAUUCUUCAACUUUCCCUCUUGAUUUUGUUUGAUUAUGCACUUUUACUUAAGUAAAAGGUACACUCCACACAAAACUGUAUACAGAAGACAGUUAUACUGCUUUGGAAUUAGGUUACUUUGUCAAGGAUGUUGUUUUUUUAGUGUCAGCUGCUACAAAUAUAUAUUGGUAUUGAAACUGAAAACAAAUGUACUGCAUGUUUAUUCAUUUACUUGGUCAUCGUGCAGACUUUAACUCUUUGGUAUUAAUCUUCAACAGUGUGAAAACACCAUCUUUUCAGUUGUCCAUCCAUCCAUCUUCUAUAGCCACUUGUCCUUUGUAGGGUUGUGGGUUCUUUUCAGUUGUAUGGAAGGAAAUGUUUGCUAGCUUUGUUCAGUAUAUACAUUUAUGAUGUGGUGAUCCGUUUAAGCACUGGUACCAUGGUGGUGCUUGUAUUAAAGCAUACCGCCAGUUACUAGCUCAAGGUUGUACUUACUGAAUUGAGAUAUGACAUCAGUAAUAUUUCUUGUCUCAUUGAUGAGCACCUGUAUUAAGUAAGGUCUUCCAUUAAUACAUUGAUAUUUCCCUGAUAAGGAGUUUUAUAAUGGUCAAGAAAAAUGGCAGGUAGAAAAUAUUGAGUGUGUUCUAUGAAUAUAUAUUAAGUGAUUGAAAACAAGCAGGCUAUGGUUAAAUUUAGACUAGAACAUUGUAGAUAUAAACUUAAAUUAAUUAUUUAAAUCAUUUUUAUUAAUAGUGCAUCAGUUAGCAAUUUGGGUGUGUGUUUCUUUGUAUUAAACAGGUCUUAUUACAAAACAAUCCUGAAUAAAUGGAGGUUCUAUGCAAACAUGUUGAAAAAUAUGCAAAUAUAUUUUGACAUUGAAUUACAAUUAGAUGUGCAACACAUCUACCAUUCAUAGAUCUAUGAUCUAUGAUGUUAUCUUAUGUCUGAAAUUUUCUGUUCUGAUCUGUUUUAACAAGAUGGAGUGGUAACAUUUUACAAUAAGUUUCCAUUUGUUAAUAUUAGUUAAUGCAUUAGGGAUCAUGAACUAACGAUUAAUAAUAUAUUUGUUACACAAUUUAUUAAUCUUUUUUUAUGUUAGUUAAUAAAAAUACAAUUGUUUAUUGUUAGUUCAUGAUGCAUUAACUAAUGUUAACAAAUACAACUUUUGAUUUUAAAAAUGUAUUCGUAAAUGUUGAAAUUAAGAUUAAUAAAUGCUUAAGAAUUGUUCAUUGUUAGUUCAUGUUAACUAAUGUUGCUAACUAAUGUUAAUGAAUGGAACCUUAUUGUUAAGUGUUACCGAUGGAACUUAAUAUCAGAGAUUAAUGGUCAAACAUGUUACUGUGAAACUAGAGACAUGAAAUUAUGAAAGCUUAUUUUAGAUUUUUUUUUCUUUGUUUACUAAUUUAUCACUCAGUUUCACACCAGCACACUGUACUAAAGAUGAUUCCUAUGCCAUCCUGGACAUGUAUUAAUAUCACAAUUGGAUCUUAGUAAAACAUCCACCAAUAUCUUUCUAACUUUCCAGUCUUACCCAUCUCAGAGACCAAGAUGCACAUAUGUUAUAAUUUCUUGAAUAUUAUUUUAGAUCUCAGUAAAACAA